AUGAGUGCUAUUGGCGCGAUCGCAUCCCAACCCUCUGAUUCAUAUGUUAUCGGCGACAGUCUCUUCUACCUUGGGCCCCCAUCUGGAAAUUCUCGAAUCACCAAGGCCACUUAUUCGAUUCUGCCUCCUUCAGUCCCAUCUGGAGCUAAAGUAUCUAAUGCAGAUGACGAGGUUUGGGUCUCUGUUUGGGUUGGUGCGUCGUCGAGUGCUGGCAGCGGUGAUCACGACCUUUACCAGCCACUUUUCAAUUGGUCUCUUGACCAGGAAUCGCAGGGCUGUCCUGCUUCGGCUGAGGAGUGGUGUGUGGGAGCGAGUACUUAUACCCCUGACGGCCAAAUCGGACAGGACUAUGUUACCGUACCCAGAGAUACUACUGUGGAAUUUGAAAUCGCCGUCGAGGGCAAGAAGGUGAUCCAGACUGUGACUAUUGAUGGCAAGGUCGUCUCCAAGCAGAGCGACACUCUCGAUGCUGCCAUCCAAUAUCUAUACUCUAGCAACGAAUGCUACACCGGAUCUGGAAGCUGCGGCACACUCGAUGGUUACAGUAUUACUAACCUGACCGUCACUUUAAGUGAGGCUGAUACUGGCUUUGCUGAUGUCAUGGCUCUGGAUAGUGUCACGGACAAGAACCUCAAGAGCACUGACGGAGGUAUAACAUGGCACGCGGACUGGAUUAAAGUUUCCUCUAUCAACUUUGAUUUUUCGAAUGACACUGCGGCGCCCAGAUUUUGA